AGUCUCUCACAGACGAGACGAGCGGGUCGAAAAAAUCUCUAGCAAUGGGCGAAACUCGAAACCUACGCACCCACGCGCACGAUAGCGCUCUCCUCACUUGUUUCUGGCUCCUUCGCCCCCAUCCCUUUAUCUCCCAAUCCCUCCUCUCUCUCUCUCAUCUCUCUCUCUCCUACCCCCCAAUUCCCCCUACCCAAUCCCUAGCCUCCUCUCUCUCCGCCAAAUUCGGAUCCGCCGCGUUUCUCUCGUCGCGUUGAAGUGAAAUUCGUAGUUUUCCGAGCGAAAAAACGCUCGGCUUUGAAGGAUUUCUUCGGUCUCCGCGAUCGGAUAAGGUUGGUGUCCUUGUCGGUUUCUGUCAUCGGAAACAGGUGGUUUGGAGAUUCAAAAUGGCUCGAUAUAAUGGAGAUGAUUAUGAAGAUCUGGAUGAAUACGAAGAGGAGGGUGAAGAGCAAGAAGAGGAAGGCAUUGGUGAAGACAACUAUGAAGGACAAGAAGAAGAGGAGGAAGAAGAAGAAGCUCCACGCCACACUCAGGAAGAAUUGGAAUACCUUGAUUUGAGGCAACAAUUAAAAGAAUCAUUCAGAAAGAAGAUGAAGAAGGAAUCUGGUUCUUCCCGCGCAAAUACAGAAGAGAAGAAAUUUCCCUAUUCAAAUUUUGGAUCGUUCUUUGGGCCGUCACAGCCUGUUAUUGCUCAAAGAGUAAUUCAAGAGAGCAAGUCAUUGUUGGAAAACCAGCAUUUGGCAGCAAAGGUUUCAAGACCCCAUCAUGAUAAAAAUAGGAGCUCUACAUCAACUGCUGCUGGAUCCAAAGCUCAAGCCCAUGAUCACCGUCCUAAAGAAAACAAGGUAAAAGUGAACACCCAGACACUGAAGCAGACGAGGGACUACUCCUUCCUCUUAGAUGAUGCGGAGCUCCCAGGUCCCACAAAGGAUCCUCCGCCUCGACCAGUCUCUGUUCCAAAUUCUGAGGCGAGAUCAGCUCAAGUGCCCCCAUAUGGCAAACAGUCGUUAAACAAAACUGUCGGACAAGUUCCCAAUGGCCGUGGAGAGAGAAAAUCCAUGUCCACAGGUAGCCAAAUGCAUCCUAAAGCAGGAUCCCACAAGUUGACUUCUGCAAGCAGGCCCAUUCUGACCUCCGUUCAACAUAGAAAGAAGCUUGGAAAUAGUAAUGGGAGUGGGCCAGGUCGGCCUCUUGGGCCAGAAGACUUGGCCGCUAAGAAGCGAGCAGCCGCCCCAGAGAGGAGGGUCCCCACGGCAGUUGCGAAGAGUUCCAUGCUUAGUGCUCAGAAGCCACCCUCUUCGAAACUGCACCCAUCUGCUUCAAAGCAACCUUCUGUUUUAAAGAAGCACGUGGACCAGAAAAACGAAUUUCAAAAAUAUACAAAAGAAAAGGUGCUGCAGAAACCUCAGAUGAACAGGCCACCUGCAAAAAUUUCUUCCCGUCCUACAUUGCGAGAUGACCGCCCAAAGAAAAAGGCUGUGAGACAGUACUCCGACCAGGAGGAUGAAGGAGAUAUCCGUAGCAUGAUUCACAAUAUGUUCGGGUAUAAUCCGAACAGAUAUGCUGGUCGUGAUGAAGAUGACAGUGACAUGGAGGCAAACUUUGAUGAAAUUUUGCAGGAGGAGAAGAGGAGUGCCAGAUUUGCUAGGCAGGAGGAUGAAGAAGAACUCCGGAAAAUAGAGGAGGAAGAGAGACGAGAGAAGUUGAGACAACAGGCAAAGAAGCGUAAGCUGAGCCAACGAUGACUCGACUCUGAGCUCGAUUCUUGUCGAAUUCUUCCUUUGUUGGCUGAAGUCCGGCCGCAGAUUUUUGCUGCCGUCUUUGGUUGUAAAUUGGUUUUGUAUCAUUAGUAAUGCUGCUGCUGAAAUAUUAACUUAGGCUUUUGUCAAAUUUAGGAGAAAUUAUUGGUAGACUUUAGUUUUUGUGAUUUUCCAUUUUUGACUUGUCUUGGUCAGGUGGUAGUUUAUUUGGUAUGAUUAUUUCGAUGAACUACAUGUCGCCUUAAUUGUGGUUAGGUGGACGCAACUUGGAAAUUGACA